AUGCAAACAGAACUGCAAGAACUUCAGCCACCUCAACGCUGGACAAGAUCACUCUGUGUCCGUAGAGUUUGUGAGAGAGUACCAAAAGCUGAGUUUGAAAGAAAAUACAAACAUCUUGGACUGAUUGGCAUAGGGGGCUUCGGGUCCGUCUACGCUGGCCUUCGCCUGGAGGAUUCAUUACCGGUGGCCAUCAAGUACAUAGACAUGAGGAUAGGUCAAAUCAGACUGAGUGAAGUGGACAGUGUUCCCCUGGAGGUGGCCCUCAUGCAGAAAGCCGGAGGUGAGCCGAAUGCUGUGGGGGUGUUUGCUGCCGUCACCCUCCUGGACUGGUACAAUGUGGAUCAGAACCUGGUCAUUGUAAUGGAAAGGCCACCAGCAUCCAUGAAUCUUGUGGAAUACGUGACCUGGAGUGGAGGUCGCCUGGAGGAAGAUGAGGCCAGAGUAGGGAGGCUGGAGGUUUGA